CGCGGUCGCACCAACUACAUUUCCCGGUGGGCGCUGCGAAGAGGGAGCGGGUUGUCAGCUUUGCAAGAUGAAUAAGGACGCCCAGAUGAGAGCCACCAUUAACCAGAAGCUGAUAGAAACGGGGGAGCGGGAACGCCUUAAAGAUUUGCUGAGAGCCAAGUUAAUUGAAUGUGGCUGGAAGGAUCAGUUGAAGGCACACUGCAAAGAUGUCAUCAAAGAAAAAGGAUUAGAGCAUGUCACUGUUGAUGAUCUGGUGGCAGAAAUCACUCCCAAAGGUAGAGCCUUGGUACCAGACAGUGUGAAGAAAGAACUCUUACAAAGAAUAAGAACCUUCCUUGCCCAGCAUGCCAACCUUUAAUUUCAGCAGUCGUCUUCAAUACAGUAUUUCUGUUUCUACAUUCUGUCAGUCGUGUCAGGAUUGGAAUGCAGUUUCCAUGCUCAAUGAUUGAAAUUCAUUAUUUUUUUUGUAUGAUUUCCUUUUACUGCAUCAAUUUCUUGGUGUUAUUUUAAUAAAAAAAGUGGACUUAUGGU